AUGGACAGCCUCCUGAUGAAGCAGAAGAAAUUUCUUUAUAACUUCAAGAACCUGCGCUGGGCCAAGGGCCGGCACGAGACCUAUAUGUGCUACGUGGUGAAGCGCCGGGACAGUGCCACCUCCUGUUCUCUGGACUUUGGAUACCUGCGCAACAAGUCGGGCUGCCAUGUGGAGGUGCUCUUCCUGCGCUAUAUCUCUGCCUGGGACCUGGAUCCAGGGCGUUGCUACCGGGUCACUUGGUUUACCUCAUGGAGCCCCUGCUAUGACUGCGCCAGGCAUGUGGCUGACUUCCUGCGGGCCUACCCCAACCUGACACUGCGCAUCUUCGUUGCACGCCUGUACUUCUGCGAGGGACGUAACGCUGAGCCAGAGGGGCUGCGGCGUCUGCACCGUGCCGGGGCCCACAUUGCCAUCAUGACCUUCAAAGAUUACUUCUACUGCUGGAAUACCUUUGUGGAGAACCGGGAAAGGACUUUCAAGGCCUGGGAGGGGCUGCACGAGAACUCUGUCCAUCUCACCAGGAAGCUAAGACGGAUCCUCCUGCCCCUAUACGAAGUAGAUGACUUACGAGACGCCUUCAGGACCCUGGGACUCUGA